AAUAUAUAUAUAUAUAUAUAAUUAGAAUAAUUAUUUUAAUCAUUAACACCAAAUCAUACACCAUACCGAUCUAAUUUUCGUUUUCUUUUUUAUCACCAGAUCGUUUUCAGAGAAACUCUCUCUCAGAAAACUUCUUUCUCCUCUAAUCAGCGUGCAAACCAAUAGAACUUUUUCUCUUUGGUUGUCAGAUCUAAUAUAAUUCAUUCUUCGAAAUCUUGUUACAGCUUCUCAAAAAAAUGAAAUAAAAAUUUACAUAUAUAUAUUUUUGUUGUUGUUGUUGUUGUUGUUGCCGGUGAAUUUGAAAGAAUUCGAAAGGCGCAAUUGAAAGAAAGAGAAAGAGAAAGAAAAAAAGAAAAAGAAAGAUAAUGUUGGAAGGUCGGUGUAUAUUCUCACGGGCGUAUUCGAGUGGCUGUGAGUCUGAAACUAACUGGCCUUUCAUGAUUUACCAUAAGCUCGAAAUCACUGCCGGAGGAGUAAAGCGUUCAUUGGAAAUGGACGGUGGUAGUGGUGGUGGCGGCGGUGAUGGUGAUGGUAACGACCACGUUCGUCACCGGAAGAAGAAGGCUACUUCUAAGCCGUUGGAUUAUCCCGAGGAGCCAAUUUCAACAGUUCUCGCUUCGGUUUCUCUCAAUCCGAAUCCGAACGAGCGUAGUAGUAACAAUUCAUCUUCUUCGUCGUCGUCGUCUUCGAAUGCGAGUUCGGAUUCGCUAAUCAAUUCACUUGGUCGAGAGAUUUCGAUCAGCUGCCUAAUUCGAUGUUCCCGGUCGGAGUACGGUUCGAUUGCUUCGUUGAACCGGGGAUUCCGGUCCUUGGUUCGGAGCGGCGACCUCUACAAGCUGCGGCGGUUGAACGGUGUGAUUGAGCAUUGGAUUUACUUCUCUUGUGACUUGCUCGAAUGGUUAGCGUUUGAUCCAAUUCAGAGGAGGUGGAUGCAUUUGCCGAUAAUGACCUCCCAUGAAUGCUUCAAGUGGUCUGAUAAGGAGUCAUUGGCUGUUGGGACCGAGCUUCUCGUGUUCGGCAAAGAGGUCACCUCUCAUGUAAUCUACGCGUACAGUAUCUUGACCAAUUCAUGGACCUCCGGAAUGAGAAUGAAUGCUCCGAGGUGUUUGUUCGGGUCAGCCAGUCUGGGCGAGAAAGCGAUUUUAGCAGGUGGGUGUGACUCGCAAGGGAACAUAUUGGAUUCGGCGGAGCUGUACAAUUCGGAGACGAAGUCUUGGGAGACUCUGCCGCGGAUGAAGAAGCCGAGGAAGAUGUGUUCCGGUGUGUUCAUGGACGAGAAGUUUUACGUGAUUGGGGGAAUUGGAGGACCCGAUUCGAAGGUUCUUUCGUGUGGGGAAGAGUACGAUUUGGUGACGAACAAAUGGACGGAGAUUCCUAAUAUGUCGCCGGCGGGGGAGAAUGAAGGGCAAGCCACAGCAGCAGCGGCGGCGCCGCCUUUGGUUGCGGUGGUGAACAAUGAGCUGUACGCAGCCGAUUAUGCUGAAAGUGAAGUGAGGAAGUAUGAUAAGGGGAGGAGAGUUUGGGUUACAGUUGGGAGAUUGCCUGAGAGGGCGGGUUCGAUGAAUGGUUGGGGGCUUGCAUUUAGAGCUUGUGGUGACCAACUUAUAGUAAUCGGAGGACCUCGGGCAUUGGCUGAAGGUUUCAUUGAACUCAACUCGUGGAAACCAAGUGAUGGCCCUCCACAGUGGAACUUGCUGGCAAGAAAGCAGUCGGUUAAUUUUGUCUAUAAUUGUGCUGUGAUGGGUUGCUGAAGGAGGAACAAAGAGUCGGGAUUUUUUGGCUCACAAAUGCAAAAUGUACAAGAUUGGUUUGUCCUUCCAUACUGGAGUCAUUGCUAAUUGGUAAAAUUUCACCCCCCACACUUCUAUAUGUUUUUUAAGAUCAUUUCCCAUUUGGGGUUGGGGAAGAAUUUCAGAUUUUGCUCAAGAUUCAAUAGAAUGUUUUCUUUAUAAACUUUUGUUUAUGCUUUUUUUUUUUUCUUUUCUUCCAUUGAAUUUAUAUCUUCCCCCCAUUUUUAGUGACAUGAGAAAUCUCAAAAAGUUGCUGUCUUGUAGCACAGGAUUUUAGAUUCAAUAAUUUGAAAUACCAACACAUUGGUAGGUUGUCAUCAGUGUUUGCUGAAUCCUUUUUUUCUUUUGUUAUUAUAAAGAAAACAGAAUUUAGUUACAUGGGUUUUCAUGAUCCUUAAUCUUCUUGCUAUUGUCUUCAAGGAAGAAAAUAAGGUCUGAGAGGGUUGUUAUUCUGGACAUUAGCAUAUGUACUGAUCAAAAUUAUUGUUGCAAUCAAUGAGCUGUAUAUUUUCAGCUUUCUUCUUUUCAA